AACAGCCCAUCAUUUGGCUAGGCCCAAGAGCAAAAGUGAAGAGGCCAUCUCCCGUCAGCUCCCACUGGCCUUGCCCUUUCCUAUUCUGAGCAUCGAGCAUCGUGCUCGUGGGCGACUCCCAAGCGGAAGCAGCGGCGGCGCAUCUCGCUGUGGCCUGUGACUGUGCGAGCUGAGGAGGCCACAUCUCAGCCGGCAAGCAGGUAGCCAGUGCUGUGGCGACCGACGACGGGCGGCCGGUGACCAGCAACCAGCAGCCAGCAAGCACCGGCGCGUCAUCGAUCUCAAUUGCAGCAGGCAACUAGAUGAAGAAGAAGGCUACUAGCAGUAUAUUUACAAUAUGGGAGAAAGCAAAGGCAAAAAAAGCAGAUUUGGCAUCUACACCAAAUCCUCCUCCUGUUGAGAUCGAGAACAAUUUGCAGAUAGCACUUGUGCAAGCACAGGAUGAUGAUGAAGCACUGGCACAGUCCGCUGUUGAAGCAAAUGAUGAAGCUCCCCAAUCGGACAGAGGCUCCCCAACUCCAAUUGUACAAGAUGAUGCAGCAACUGAUGAAGAGGGUGAAGAUGGAGCAGAUUUGGAAGCACUUGAGCAUGAUCCUGGGAAGCGAAUAGCCAUCUCAAGGUAUGCUGUAAAUGACCAAGAUAGAGUUAGAAGGAGAUAUAUUGAGUUGGGUCCAUGUCAGCCAAAGAAUCAUGAUUUUCCAUAUAGAGACAUAAGUGAUCAUCCACGCCGCUUUUGCCCAGUUUGGUUUAAGCAAAAUAAGUGGCUUGAGUACAGUGUAGAAAGAGAUGCCGCUUUCUGGUUCGUUUGCUAUUUGUUCAAAGAUAAAAGAAAAUGCCCAGGUGGUGAUACAUUUGUGAAGGGUGGGUGGCGAAAUUGGCACCUAAAAUCAAGAUUGAAAAAACACAUGGGUACUGUCAGUAGUGCUCAUGCUGAAGCUCAAGAGAAAUAUGAUAGGUUCACUACACCAAGAACAUCAAUUCGAGAGUCUAUUGCUUCAAACACCACAGCAGUACAAAGCUUUAUAUAA